AAACCACUACCGAACCUUCUAUCGGUAACCCCCAAUUUUGAAUAUUUUGAAUGGAACAAGUCUCCAUUCAAAACCCUAACUAAUCACCAACAAAUCCACCAAAUGUAUAUUCAUCCAUCAUCAUCUUCUCCAUUUCAUCAUCCAAAAUGCCCUCAGUAUCCGUAAAAUUCUACAGUAUUAUAUACAAAUUCAUCUUAAAGCGCCAAUUACAAACCCUAGCUGAAAACCCUACCAAACUCACUAACCAAUUCGGCGUCGUUUCACGCUCCGACGACUCCGUUGCUCCGGCUAACCCUAGCUUCUCCGCUGACGGAGUUGCCACAAAAGAUAUUCACAUCGAUCCGUUAACAUCUCUAACUCUCCGGAUCUUUGUUCCGGAUUCUGUACUAGCUGGAUCACGAGGUUUGAAACACGGUGAUGGUGUUUACGGCGGUUAUUCGCCGGAUUUGGGGGAUAGUAACAUGCGGAAACUCCCGGUGGUGUUGCAGUUUCAUGGAGGUGGUUUUGUGACCGGGAGUAGUGUUUCAGUGGCUAAUGAUUUGUUUUGUAGGCGGAUUGCCAAGGCGUGUGAUGCGAUUGUUGUGGCGGUUGGGUACCGGCUUGCACCGGAGAGUAAGUAUCCGGCUGCGUUUGAGGAUGGAUUGGAGGCGUUGAAUUGGUUGGCGAAACAGGCGAAUUUGGCCGAGUGUAGGGUUUCGGGUGGUGUGGAGUUGAGGAGGAGACAGAUUGUUGAUGGUUUUGGUUCUUCGGUUAUUGAACCUUGGAUUGCUGCUCAUGCUGAUCUUUCAAGGUGUGUGCUCCUAGGUGUUAGCUCGGGAUCAAAUAUCGCAAAUUACGUCACACAAAAGGCAGUGGAAGCUGGGAACCUUUUGGAUCCUAUACGAGUAGUGGCUCAAGUUCUUAUGUACCCAUUUGUAAUUGGAAGCACUCCCACAAAAUCAGAGAUUAAAUUGGCAAACUCAUAUCUUUACGACAGAAGCAUGGCCAUUUUAGCGUGGAAACUUUUCUUACCGAACGACCAGUUCAACCUGGAUCAUCCAGCUGCCAAUCCUCUAAUGACAAAAAUACCCCUGCGAAAAAUGCCCCCUACAUUAACAAUAGUAGCUGAACAUGACUUUAUGCGGGACCGUGCAAUUGCGUAUUCACAGGAGCUUAGAAAGGUUAAUGUAGAUGCCCCUGUUUAUGAUUAUAAAGAUGCUAUACAUGAAUUUGCAACUUUUGAGAUGUUUUUAAAGACACCAAAAGCUCAGGCAUGCGUUGAAGAUAUUGCAAUUUGGGUAAAGAAGUAUAUAUCACUUAGAGGACUCGAGUUCUCUUACUAAAAAGGGUAAAAUUGGAAAUUCAAGUGUUGCACGCCGGAAUUUUGAGUUCAUUGGGCCCGGUACAAAAUUUCUGCAAGGUACAUAAUGGGAAAAGUAUUUGCUUGGUAGCGUGCGUGCUCUUAUUGAGUAAAAUAUGUCCAAAUAAUCGAGAUGGUAGACAUUAUUUUACUUAAUGGUACAAGAGCCAUACAAGUAUCUUUCUAUGUACAUACCUACCUACGAGUUAUGAGUUAGCGUAUUUGAACGUUUGUCUUUUAUAGGUUGCGAACACAAUUUUAUUGAUUUUUUUGUUUCUUUAUUGUUAAUAAUGUGUUAUAGUGUAUAGUAAAUUCACGGUUUUUGCUUCAUAAACUAGAAGUUCUUGCAUGUAAAUUUUGUAUUUUGGUUUCA